AUGUCGAAACGCCCUGCCUCACCCGCGUCCAGGGACGACGUCGGUGGCCCCUCCAGCAGCGGCAGCUCGAAGAAACGUCGCGGAUCCGCCACCGAUCCGGCACCGUAUCGAGUCGCCGCCGAUGACGCCGACGAUGACGCCGACGGCGUUGGAGAGCUGGGCAAGCUGACGGUGCUUAGCUGGAACCUGAAUGGCAUACAGCGCCACCUCCCCUCCUCCUCGUCGUCGUCUUGCAGCAGCAGCAGCAGCAGGACGUUGCACGACUUUUUCCGCAACUCGACUCCGCCCUCGCCCCCACCUUGCCCGCCGGCACCACCAUCGUCGGCACAACAGCCGCCGCCGCCGCCGCUGGCGGCGGCACGACGAGAGCGGGAAGCCGAUUCGCUCCGCACCCUCGUCGCCGCAAAUGGAUUCCCAUCCAUCGUGUGUCUGCAAGAGGUGCAGCUACGUCCCUCCGAUCCCUUGGUCAAGGAGAUGCAACGUGCCUUUCAACCCUCGUCUACCGCCAGCACCACCGCUACCGCCGCCGCUGCUGCCGAUGUCGGACUGGGGUACACGAUGUUUCUCAACCUCUACGACUCCACGAGGGGGAAGGCGAGGUUCGGUAUCGCCACCUUUGUUAGGGACGAUGUGCUGCGCCGAUUUCGGCAACGAAGGGGCGCGGACGGUGUGGGCUGGAGGACGGUCGAGUGGGACAACGAGGGGAGGGUGGGCAUCCUCGAUCUCGGACCCGUCUCGCUGUACAACGUCUACGCGCUCAACUCGUCCUCGUACGCCUUCCACCACCCGACAUCGGGCGCGCGCACGCGGCACGAGCGCAAACUCGAGUUCCACACGCUCCUCGCCUCGCAGAUCGACGCCGACCGCAACCGCAACCGCAACCGCAACGGGCUUGGGCACGGGCACGGGCAGAGGCGGGCGGUGCUGUGCGGCGAUUUCAACGUGACGCCGUCGUCGGUCGAUGCGAGGCCGCCCGAGUCGCUGCGAACCCAACACCCGCACGCCCAUGCGCGGCGACACUGGCUCGACACCUGCGCCGCCACCGGCCUCGUCGACGUGUACCGCCUCGAAAACCAAGAGGGCACAGAGGUAUCCUGGUUCAACGACCACCAUCGUCGUGGCGUCGGCGCGCGCGUCGACUACGUCCUUGCCGACUCGCACCUCGUCGAUUGCGGCGCGGUGCGCCAGGCGAGCUACAGACCAGACCAGGGUCACAGGAGCGAUCACUGCCCGCUCGUCUUUACCCUCGACUUGGACGCGGCGCGCCGGGUUGGCGGCAGUGGCGGUGAUGCCCCAUUGGGGUCGAUUGCGAAAGGUGCCGGCUAG